UCCUCCCCCUCGAACUCUCGCGAUAACGCGGCGGCGCUCUGGGACGUUCUCGCGGUGCUGGUCGGGAAGCUGCAUGUGCUGUUGGGGUCGGAGGCAGCAGCAGCAGGAGGAGCCGCCCCCUCCCCCCGAGACUGCGGCGUGAGGGGCCAGCCGGGCUUGUGAGAUGGCAACGGAUACAGCUGAGUCUACAGUCCCUGACUACAAAGGAGACCUAAGGAGCAACGCCAGGUCAGAUGCAGACUAUCCCCUCCGGGUCCUCUACUGUGGAGUCUGUUCAUUGCCAACAGAGUACUGUGAAUACAUGCCUGAUGUGACUAAAUGCAGACAAUGGUUAGAGAAGAAUUUUCCAAAUGAAUUUGCAAAACUUACUGUAGAAAAUUCACCAAAACAGGAAACUGGAUUUGGAGAAGGUCAAGGAACAGCAGGAGAAGAGGAGGAGAAGAAAAAGCAAAAGAGAGGUGGAAGGGGUCAGAUAAAACAGAAAAAGAAGACUGUACCACAGAAAGUUACAAUAGCUAAAAUUCCUAGAGCAAAGAAGAAAUAUGUCACAAGAGUGUGUGGCCUUGCAACUUUUGAAAUUGAUCUGAAGGAAGCACAAAGGUUUUUUGCUCAGAAAUUCUCUUGCGGUGCCUCGGUAACAGGAGAAGAUGAAAUCAUAAUUCAGGGGGACUUUACAGAUGACAUUAUUGAUGUAAUCCAGGAGAAGUGGCCUGAGGUGGAUGAUGACAGCAUUGAAGAUCUUGGAGAAGUGAAGAAGUGAUUUUGAAAGACUGCCUUUAUUUAAUUACAUGGUUAUAGUUGACAGAGCCAAAGCGAGGCUUCUAAAUGCAUUUACUCUGCAGUAAAACUGUAGGGUGUCCUUACCCAUGGCAUUUUCACCAUUCUAUAUAGGCUGCUUGGUUUGUUUUUUGUUGUGACUUUUGCCAAAGUUCAACUGGGGGUUCUAUCAUGCUCAUGCGUGAAGGUAGGGAUUUAAUUAAAAUAAAGUUAUUGUUCCUCACUG